UUAUAAGAGAGACCGAUCGAAGAAGGUAAGAAGGGCGACAAUCAGAUGCGGGUGGGCGUACCGGUAGCAGCUGUAACCACCGUCGCCGUCGUCCUCCGCCCGGCCAUAGUUGCAGCAUCCGGAAAGAGGUCGAUGGGUUCGAGUUCCGUUGGUUCAGGAGCUUUCACGACCAUCAAAGAAACCGUAUCCGUGGAGAAAGAGAUCAAGAAGAGCAAGUUCAUCGCCAUCGCUGGUCCUAUCUCGACCGAGCAAUCCGCUCAGUUGUUCCUCUCUCAGGUCCGUGAUCCUCGCGCUACUCACAAUUGCUGGGCUUAUAAGAUCGGUGAUCAACACUAUCGAUGUAGCGAUGAUGGUGAACCAUCAGGCACAGCAGGGAAGCCGAUUCAGUCUGCAAUUCUGUCUUCUGGAUUAGACAGAGUUAUGGUUGUUGUCAUUAGGUAUUUUGGGGGAAUCAAACUUGGAACUGGUGGUCUUGUUAGAGCGUAUGGUGGUGUUACAUCUGAUUGCUUGAAAGCUGCUCCUACUUGCCUUGUCAAGUCCAAAGUUCAAAUGGGAGUCGAGGUGACAUUUGAUCUUUUAGGUGUUCUGUACAAUCAGCUGCAAUCGUGUCAGGCUGAGGAAAUCAAGGAAGACUAUGAUACUGGUAAAGAUGGUACUGCCAUGGUUUCUUUCAAGGUUGAAUUUGACCAGGUUGAGAAAUUAGAGGAUGCUAUCAAAUCAAACUGUAGACGAGACCUUGUCUUUUACAAAAAUUGAGUUAGGUGAAACAUUUCCAUGUAAUAAUCUUUACAGAAUGUCGUGAAAAUUGAAGCACAUUUUAUUUAAGCAACAGAAGGAGAGUGUCGUGUGCUCGUUA